AUGACCAAUGAGUUACGCCAUUUUACCCCACCGACUAGAGCAGCAAGUCGUGAAUACCUUGUUAUGAUCGACUUUUUCCGAAGGGUGUUGCUAAAGCUCCAUUCAAAUCCCCCAGAAAUCCGGCGUUACGCUGUGCGAUUACAGAACUUUGGAAGAGAUUCACUGCUCGAUUUGCCAGAAGGAAUUGUGCAGUUCUUCAUUAGUUUUGCCUUGGAUGGGCUUGGUCUGAGAGCAGAUGAGCUGAGGCGAGGUCAAAAAGAAUUACUCAUUGGCUCCCAC